UGGUUCAAAAAUGGAUUUAGCCACUCGCAAAAGGCUACUUUCCGCCAGCGUGGAUGUGCCCGCUAUGAAAAUUUCAGCUCCACCAACUCUAGAGCCACCUGCCAGUUUUAUGGAUGUCCUUUUUCUAAAUCUAUUAAACGCGUUGAAUUGCACGGAACCUUCGCAACGCAUUUCGUUCCUUGAUGAAAUGAUCUCUAGACUUCAGCGAUUGAAACAAUACCAUCAACGAAUCGAGUCACUCAUAAGCAAACCAGUAGUUUCUGAAAAGACAUCAACAGGAUCACCAUGUCCAACUGAACAUAAACCAUUGGACCACCAACAAAUAAAACGAUGCAUUCAAGAAGAUCAGCAAAUGCUUCUGAACAUGUCAAAGCUGAUAACUUUAAAUCAAGCUCACAGUCAUCCAACUUCAAUAGCACCUUCUUCAUUUCAAGUUCCAGUUAUUCCUCCACCUCCAACUCUGGUUACGGGGCCUUUAAAAGUUGCACCGGCUUCACUUGCUCCAGUACCAAUGGAAAUUCAAUCACAAGAGCAACCGAUAAAAAAGUCUCCAGCUCCUACUCCGUCUUUAGACGCAUCAAAUAAACCGGUCGCUGCACUUGCAUCGACUCCACAGCAAAAAGAAUCCACGAAAAAAACAGAAAAGGAACAAAAAGAAAAAGCUGCUCCAAGUGUAACUGCACAGCCCCGUAUUCCACAUGUUCCAAAUACAAUUCCAUCGAAACAGUUUGCACAAUCAGCGGAAGUAAUGAUGAAUGAUUUACAAGACAAACAGAGGAAACUUCUUUCCUACAUAUCAUCCGCUCACAACGGAAGUGUCACUGAUGAAGUACUUCAUGAUUACUUACGUCAUCCAUUUGUCUUAUUGAAGGAGAAAGGUGUUAUCCGCCAACAACCUAAUCCAUUUUUCCAUCUGAUGAGUACUCCACAAGUACUAGCAGGUACUCCAUCAGUCAUCCCUACACCAGCAAUGAUGUCACCAAAUCCUGCAAUGGUUCAAAAAUCAUCGAAGCCAUCUACUCCGAUUCCAGCCCCACCAGUGCUCGUACCACAAGUGGAGCUCCCUGCCAAAACAAGUUCUGUCUCACAGAAAACAACGGUAUCCCCACCCGUGGAGAAAGUUACACCGCCUCCUCAGCAUCCUCCCCAACUCUCACUUCAAGUUCCACUCAAUGGACCUCAAAUGGAUCCUACCAAACAAUUUCUAGUUCCAAUGACUCGUGCUUGCAAUCAAUGGUCCGUAGUUUCAAUGGCUUUACCCCUGAGACUUGUAUGUCGUUGCGGUCAGAUGCCAUGCAGAUGUCAAUGAUAACUAGCCUUUAAUUCUGAGGAUGUAUAUUUUAUUUUCUAAUCAAACAUCAUUUUUUCCAAAAUUGUGAUCUCGUUUUUAUUAUUGUUGAUAUUGCUGUAAAAGACUGUGAGAUAAAGUUAUCUGUGAUA